AUGGUUCAAGACAACAUAUUUGCUCUUCUGACUAGGGGAGGUUCUCUCCACAAGUGCCGCGCUUCCCUUGAUUCUCCCUUGAUGCAAAAACGGCAGGGGCGGCUACAGCAGCAGCAUCAGGAUGGAUCAGGCCAAGCACACGAUGGGAAAACGAAGGAACGAGCAACCUCUGACAGUCCAUGUUCAGCGGAGAGCGUCAGGGCUCGGAACUCUAUUUCUGUAAAGGGCGUCGUAGCUGUGCCUCGUCCGUUUCUUUCUUUCAGUGACCAGAUGGCCCCAGAGACGGAAACGGGAGAGGUUAAAGAAAUCAUCUCAGAUGGAGAGCGAAACUCACAAGAGGGCCCUAGCAGGCUUCCCGUUUGGCUCGUCUCCCGCCUGCAGGCGCUUGGCUACAAACACCCCACACCCAUCCAGAUGCAAGCACUACCGCUGCUGCUGCAAGGACACCACAUGCUGGCCUCGGCCCCGACUGGCAGCGGCAAAACUCUAGCUUUCUUGCUCCCUCUCAUUGCAUGUUUAAAGGCUCCCAGUAACGCCUUCGGCCGGUUGGUUGUCCUCUCUCCAACUCGGGAAUUGGCAAGGCAGAGCCUCAGGACCUUCGAUAAACUUACAGGCAUGUGUGAAGGCACAGGCUUUAAAGCCGCGUUUCCCCAGUCCCAUCCUGGGGCCCGAUACGGCGCCGCGGAUGCUGUCUUUGCGACGCCAUUGUCGUUGCUGACACUGCUAAGGGAGAAGAGGCUCUCAUUGACGGACUGCAACCAUCUAGUGCUCGACGAGGCAGACCGCCUUCUUGACUCAGAUUUUUCCCCCCAAGUCGAUGCAGUCCUUUCUGAGUUGAAGAGCGCAGCAUCCGCUUCGAGGCGACUGCACAUUUGCCUCUUUUCCGCCACACUGCCUCCCUCUGUAGUGCUCUUGGCCGAGUCUAUCGCUUACGGCGCGGUGCACUUGACUGUCGGACGAGCCAGCGCCGCGGCCCCUCAAAUCGAACAGGAGCUUCUCUUCUGCUCAACGGAGGCGGGAAAGCUGUGGGCCCUCAAGACACUUCGCCUGGAGAGACGGCUAAUACCCCCGUGUUUGAUUUUCACGCAAGAGCGGGCGAGUGAAUUGUUGCGGGAAAUGAUUUCUGAGGGCAUGCCAGUCGACUUGUUGCAUGCAGCAAAAAGCAAACAGGAAAGGGAUGCGACCGUAGACGCUUUCCGGAUUGGAAAGAUUUGGUUCCUGAUAUGUACUGACCUCGUGGCACGCGGCAUCGAUUUUAAAGGUGUAGCCCUUGUAAUUAACUUUGACCUACCCCCGUCCACGUCGGUGUACAUACAUCGUAUUGGCAGAACAGGCAGAGCUGGCAAGGAAGGGAAGGCACUGACUUUCUUCACUUUAGACGACGUUCCCAGGCUAAGGCCCAUAGUACAGAUAAUGCAGAAGAGCCCCAACAGCAAAAUGCCCGCAUUUUUGAGCUCUAGGCUGACUCGGAACCUGAAGCUAAAGGGCCAAAACAAGUACAGAGGUAAUGUGCCGCCUCACGGCAAGGCCGGGUCUCGCCGUCCUCGGAAGCCCAUACGGCCGAUUGCAAAAGCAGUUGCCAUGAAGGCUAAAAGACGCGCCUGGGCUAUCGCCGCCUCCCUCGCAAAAAAGAAGCGAGAGAAAGAAAGCGAAGCAGCCAGUAUUCCAUCGCCCGGGGGUGCAGAAACAACGGCGGCAAGCCGCGCUGACAGGGCCAUGGGCCCUAAGGUUGAAAAGGAGAAAAAGAGAAGACAGAAUGAGCAGGGACUCAAGACCAACGAUACAGCCAACACAGCAGCCAGAGCUACGCGUACAUCUGCUGCGCAUGAACACCCUGCAAGAUGCCUUGUGAAGCGGAAGCAUAGUCAGCGAUCAGCACCUUAG